UAACGGAGCAAAGGGUCUCUGGAAGUCGAAAGGAAACCAUACACCAUGGAAGGACAAAGCAGAAAGAGGAAGAGGGCAAGACACAACAAUCCUCAAAAAAUCGAACAACUUUUGCAACCAAAGCACUCAAUACAACAUAAGAAAAAAACCCAUCAGCUGCAAAGCCACGCCAAUCAGUCUUCUGCUGUUUCAAAGCCACCCAAGUCUUCUUCUUCUUCCAAUUCCUCAAGUUUUCUUGACAAGAUGAGAGCAAGGUUGGCCGGUGGACAUUUUAGGAUGAUCAAUGAAAAGCUUUACACUUGCACAGGUAAAGAAGCACUGGACUAUUUCAAACAAGACCCAGAAUUGUUUGAUAUGUACCAUACAGGAUAUCAGGAGCAAAUGUUGCAUUGGCCUGAGCAGCCAGUCAAUAUAAUCAUAAAAUGGCUGAAGGAUCGUAGUUCUUCUUUAAUUGUAGCUGAUUUUGGCUGUGGUGAUGCACGCCUUGCAAAAAAUGUGAAGAAUAAAGUUUUCUCUUUUGAUCUUGUCUCAAACAAUCCUUCGGUAAUUGCUUGUGAUAUGUCAAAUGUACCACUAGGUCCUUCCUCGGUAGAUGUUGCUGUCUUUUGCCUUUCAUUGAUGGGGACUAACUAUGCUAGUUACCUUCAGGAAGCAUAUAGAGUACUUAAGCCAAGUGGUUGGCUUUUGAUAGCCGAGGUAAAGAGCAGAUUUGAUCCAAAUAAUGGAGGAGCAGACCCAAAUAGGUUUUCAAAAGCUGUUUGUGAGAUGGGAUUCACCUCAGCAUUGCAGGACUUCUCAAACAAGAUGUUUGUUUUAUUAUACUUCAAGAAAAAGGAGAAGCAAAGCUCGAAAAGGAGGGACAUUGAAUGGCCUGAGCUGAAGCCUUGUUUUUACAAGCGUCGCUGAGAUUCAAAUGCACAUUGUUUGGUACGAUAAAUCAAGCUUGUAGUCAAUCCUAAAUCGACAUAAUAUAAGAUUUGGCCACAUUUCAGUAAUCGUUCUCAAAAUAGUGGCUAAAUUUUAUGAUUGUGAAACGUCUUUUUCUUUUGAAUUGUGGUUAAUGUCCUUCUAUUUCAAUAUUGUUAAGCACUUUUAUUUUCGUGAAACAUGUGAGAAGAAAUGGAAGGUGCAAGAAGUUAUCCUAUCUGCCUGCCCUACUUAUCUUUUAUAUCUAGGAUUAGUUAUUCGUAUAUUCAUGUCAUAUAAAAUAUCAUGUAUUUGAAUUGUAUUUGAAACAAAAAUUAUGUGUUACAAUUUAUGUC